AUGACAGCCGGCAGGUUGCAAGUCCGCAUUGUGGACGACCGUGAUCCCGACAUCAUUUUGUCCGCUUCUUCCUCAUCGCAGUCGUCUCAAGACUGGAAUAGAAACAGCAGCGGAAGCAAAAAUGAAUUUAUGUACACAACUUCGUUCACUCAAACAGGAGGAGCGACAGUGACGCAUUCUUUCGUCGGUUCUUUCAUAGCAGUCUACGGCACUGUUAGUGGCGAUCCAAGAACGACCAAGCCGAAGAGCAGGUGUUCCAUCGACGGUGGGCAACAUUCAGUCUUCGAAGCUUCGGAAUCGGGUUAUCACAUCAAGUUCUACGAAUCACCUGUACUUCCCGCAGGACACCAUACGCUUGUUAUCGAGAACAUGCUCGAAGGUGGUCACUUAUGGUUGGACUACCUCGUGGUAAUCUCUAUUGACACGAACGUGCCUCCACCUCUCGACGGACCAGACUCUCCGUCUCGCUCUUCUCACCCGUCCUCUCCCACUUCCUGUGGUCAUGGCGCAACCACUUCGUCUGACCCCAGGGUACUUGGAAUUGUGUCUGGUAUCUUGGGCUUGAUUAUUUUUAUAGGGGUCGUAGUCACCAUUGCUAUUGUGAUACGGAAGCGGGCGAAGAAGCGGAACCAUCCAACAGAUCAGGGAAUGCUGAAGGAUUGGAGCUCAGGUCGUCGAUUUUUGAGCACGGAGCACGACAAGAUGUCCUUUGGAGACGAAUCUCGCUAUGGGAUUACCAACACGGCGAACGACACAGGCACUGAACGUCGCUCUUCUUUGGACGAUUUGUCCAUCCUUAGCGCUAGCACCACCCUACGCAGCAACAUAACAAUUGACGAGAACCGGCUCAAGCAACUAUUGGAGCUAGACAGAGUGUCUACCGGGCCUUCUAUGCCUAUAAUUCGGGAUCAUAAGAGUUCACCUGGAAAUCCGAGUGAUGGGCGAGUGUAG